AUGAGGGGAAGUGAUGAAGCACAUCCAUGCAACGAUUCCUGCAGCUUCUCACGCGUGUCACCGUCGGAGCAGCGGCUAUCGGAACCGGUAGCGGCCGCCAACAGCACGGAGAAUCUCCACCGUUUUAAUAAAAAUCAUGCAAAAAUUAUUCCAUCGCUGCAUGCAACAAUCCCCUCUGGAUACAAAUAUCUUCAAAUACACACGCUUACUAAGGAGACCGUCACACUCGCCGUACAUGUGAAAUGCCGCGUGCAGGAUGCAUAUUUAUGUUGUUGUGCUCAUCUUGGCUUCGAUGAGGAGCGGUUAUUUGGCCUGGCCGUGCGGACACCUUCCGAAGGAAUUGGUGGUGACCGUCCUAGAAAUGAAUAUUUUUUCCUGGAUCCGUGUCGGAAAAUAACAAAAUAUGCGCCAAAACAGUGUACGCCAGCAAUUCGACAUUAUUAUCUGCAGUUGCGCGAAAACAUACUGGACCAGUGGUCGGGCUCGAAUUCGGUGGCUGAAGAACGUUGCUGGGAGCUUGCUGCAUUGGCGCUUCAUGCUGAUGAAAAUGGCAAUGAUCUUUUAUCGUUUCGAGCGGAACAGUACUUCCCACUUUGGGUUGUUAAUAUUCAUGGGCUUGAUUUUGUUCGACGAAAUAUGCCUGCAGUUCGCAAGGAUCUCAGGGCAUGUUCAAAUCAGGAUGCUGUGGUUGAAUAUUGUCAGCAAGCUUCUAGGUUAGCUGCUACUGCUCUUGCUGACUUGUUAUCGUGAUC